AUGGAGCUUUUGCUUAGUGCCGUGAGCUACUUGUGGGCCACUUGGCCUCUAUCUUUGCUCAAGAGACCUCCGCCAUACGAAUAUGCACCCCUUGAGGAACCGCGACAGAUUCGGCUUCUCGAUUUCCUGCCUCGAAAAGGUGGUUACCUUCGAUGUAAGGUGGAGGUAGUAGACCUAGAUAACGCACCGCCUUUCACUGCAUUGUCGUACACACACGGCUUUCCGCUUGAUGGUGAUGCAUCCGAUCAUGAACAGUACGAUCGCAUUCCGCUUAUACCUCUCCUUUGUGAAGGGAAAGAGCUUCUUAUCAAGCCUAAUUUGGCCUCUGCUUUAUGGCGAUUCGAUCAAUUAGGCAAACAUGGAUAUUGCUGGAUCGACCAAGUGUGCAUUAACCAGCAAGACGAGGGCGAAGUCGGUACACAGGUCGAAAUGAUGGGGGACAUCUACUGGAUUGCACAGAGGGUUCUGGUGUGGCUCGGCUGGGAGGCGUGGGACUUCGAAGUGUUCAUGAAAUUGAUGGAGGAACUAUUACCGAAGUUUGAAGAUUUAGUAAAAAGAGAGGGCGACAAAUCGGACAAUUCCUUUCACAGCUUCACAAAUCCACAGAUCUACUCAAGACUCGGCACUGAAGUGAUCCCUGAUUACAUUUGGAAUGGUCUUGCAGAAUUCCUCGAGCGGCGUUGGUUUUCCCGGGCGUGGACAUUACAAGAGAUAUUGCUUCCUAGGGAUAUUGAUAUCUACUGCGGCGCGACAAAGAUAUCAUGGAAGAGCUUGAGCGCUUUUCUAAAACACUUACAGAUGUCAGACUGGCAAGAUUUGUUGUCGUGGAACAAUAGGUAUGCCAACAGGCACUCGAAUCUUAUUCCGGGCAACAGCACUAUCUCUACAAUGAAGCUGAGACAGCUAAUCUUCAAAAGAGAUCCCAGCUAUCAGAUCUAUCUUGGUAAUAUUGCUGGAGGUAGCGACAACAUGGACCUGACCAUAGGAUACAUUGAUCAUCUUAUCUAUGCGAUACGAAGCCGGUCUGCCACGGAUCCUCGAGACAAAUUCUUCGCUCUCUAUGGAAUUAUCUCGAGACUCUGCGAUAUAGCAGAGCCAAAGCUGCCCAACCCGCUGAUCAGGCCAGACUACACCAAAUCCAUUGCAGAAGUGUACAUUGCCAAUACUAAAUCACUCCUUGCCCACUCCAAAUCGCUUCUUAUGCUCUCAAAUGUUGAUGACAGAUCGCUACGAAAACGUACAGAUCUCCCGUCGUGGGUUCCAGAUAUGACCGUCGCAGUACCAACUGCCCUUGCGAGGCAUGCCACAGGAGACAUCUUCAAUACCUCGAGAAGGGCUGUGCCAGAGCUAUUGCCGGCUUCAAAUCAAGAGACACUACGCCUUUUUGGGUAUUGGAUUGACACUGUAACCGACCUCGGUGAUGAUGACACCUCAGCUGGGAUACGUGGUGGACCCUUCGAGAAGUCUGCUGCGCUCUUAUUGAAGAUGCCAAAGUUUUACAUUAGAACUGGCCAGGAUCGUGUUGAAGUCUUCUGGAGAACGCUGAUAGCAGAUUUCGACGCCGGCGGUGCUUGUCCCGCGACAGGGGCGCUAGGGGAAUCCUUCCACGAGCACCUACUCAUGCACAACUCCAUGUUCUUGCUCAGAGCGCAGAAACGGGGAGAGCAGGCAUACCAAGCCGCAAUGCAAUGCAUGAAACCUCUCACGACGUUAGCAGCAUCUACCGAUCUGGCGGCCAGCCUCAUCCCUUCUUUUGGCGAAACGCUGCAACGCAAGGAUGUCUACAUAUCCAUUGGCGAGGCCAUGGAAAAACGAGCAGACUCCGAAUUGCAUGCUCUUCCCAACGACGAAGACGCCAGAACAGAGGCAACCCGACAAAAAGUGCUGUGCGAAGAAGCGAAAGCAACCCCAUUUGCUCGCCAAUCCAGCACUGUCUUCGCGGUUCGCCGUAUAUUUCGAACUGCUGGGAACCUCCUGGGCCUUGGACCAAAGUCCCUAAGGCCAGGAGACCACAUCUUUGUUCUCCUAGGUGCACGAGUGCCCUUCAUACUACGACCUAUAGCUCCGGCUGAAGAUGGCAGGAGCAGCAGUGCAUAUUACGAAAUGGUUGGUGAAGCGUACGUGCAUGGGAUCAUGCAGGGCGAGGCGCUUCAACGGGGCCAGCUGGAGAAGAUCAAAAUUUCGCUCAUAUAA